ACCGACAGGUAGGAAGUCAUCUUGAAGGUGUUCCGUUUUACGGUUCGAGGGGCGAUAUCUCUACGGCAGAGAUUCAUAGUAGGAUCAUAGGGAGUAAAAGAAGCAUAUCGGAUUCUACUUUUAUGGGGUCGUAUAGAGAUGGAGUUCCACACAUGCCUUCCGAGUCGCAUCAUAGCUUGCAUCUGAUGAAGACAUUACGAAAUGGAGCAGGCGGGGAGCGAAACCGAAGAUCUAACGACGAUGAAGUAACACUUGGGAUGCAGCAGCCAAUGAGGCCAAGUUCUGCAUCGAUUAUUUUUCAACCUCAUAUUGGAAGUGGUAGUAGACUCGAUACCGAUGUUACCAAGUGGGAGAGAUCGACUCUUAUGAACAUUGGUCCUGCUCCAACAGUACAGUACUCUCCGCGUGGGACAUUCGUACCUUUCCCCCCUCAGUUACCAACAAACAGAUUCAGAGAUGUCAAUCUUGUUCCUCCAAAUAUAUCUCAGUCUGCUGCAGACGAGGGAUCUCGAACUGGUAUCAAAGGUCCUGGGAUCUUGAGUUCGAGUAAUCCCGGUUCUGAGAGAAACUCAUCGAUCCUGCUCCCGAGUUGCAGCCUGCAAAAGUCCACGACUAAUGUUGUAGAGCACGAACCUUCAAUUCCUUCGAGUCGACGUGGUCUUGCAUCUGCUAAUCGGCAGAUGACGAUAUUUUACGGCGGUCAAGCUCAUGUCUUUGAUGAUGUUCAUCCAAACAAGGCAGAUGUCAUAAUGGCCUUAGCUGGAUCGAACGGCGGGUCGUGGUCGACUAGCUAUGCAACAAAGCCAUCUGCUAGGCCAGUUAACGAGAACCAGAUUCCAGGCGGAGAACUCGAUAUCGGUAUGACAAGUAAUACUACCUCGCCAUUCGCAAAAGAAGCUCGUGGGAAGCUCUGUGUUGCUGGGAGUUCCGCUCCUGUAGCUGGCUCUGUCGAGAGAGUCUCAACAUUAGCAGGAGGAGCUCCUCAUGGUAGAGACCAAGUUCAGGGAGGAGAUUCCAGUAUGGAGAAGAAGAGAGAGCUGUAAGAUUAGUUCCUCAACUCAAAACAAAUGCAGCGGAUGUUUUAAGGAAUUGUCGUGGCGCCCGCCCUCGUUUCGGUACUAUUUAGCUUCGAUUUUUAUUGUAUUUUCUUACCUUUUGAUCUUGGGGGGGUUGCAAUUUUCUUGUUGAUGGGAAUGUGGAGAGAUUAUGGAUGGGAUUCCAGAUUAUAUGAAUGGUUUAGCUUGAUGAGCAAUGGAAAUUAAUCCCCUUCUCUUUAUAUGGAA